AAAUUGGGAUUGCCAAGUUCCGAGAUCCAGGACACAGGGUGGAAACUUGUCAGAACUUAACAUCCAGCCAGCUGGCUGGAUUUCUCCGGAAAUGGAUAAGCACGUGGCAUUCGUGGUCAUCACCGUGUUCUGGCUGCUAUUCGCCAUCAUUGGGUUCCUGGUGUCCUACCGAUACGAGGAGCGUGGUCUCAUCCGGUGCUGUGUGAUCCUCACGGCAGUGUGCUGCUACUUGGCCUGGAUGGUAACCUUUGUGAUGCAGUUGAAUCCACUGACCGGACCGCGAGCCAAACAGAAGAUUGUCCUAGGCAUGAUAACCUACUGGCCCAGGUCCAUUAUCCAUGAUGAAAAGGACCCCUAGAAUCGCUGCAGAUUAUAUAUUUUUACAUGCAGGCCUAAGUGUCCUAAAUGUUCAUGUUUGGAAACCAAUUGUUUUAAGACUAUCUUCUUAAAAAUAAUUGCCAAACUUUCUGUAUCCCCGUCGCCAAUCGGUUUUUAUUCAAGGCCAAGUAUUAUCGAACUAUACCAAAUCAAAAAUGCCGCCGGCUUCGAAAUAAAAUAUUAAUGUGUUAUUAACUAAUCAUUGCUCGGUUUUAAAGGUUGCAUGUGUGAAACGCCUAUAGAGAAUCAAUGAAUUC